AUGCAUCAUUAUAAUGCUUUUUUUUUCGUUCUCGUUUUCGUUCUCGUGUACGAAAAUAUCACUGAAUCAGAUACCAGAUGGGAAAGUAAAAUAAACUGUGUUAAACUACUUCGCUAUUAUUUAAAAAAAAUCUUAGAGGAACUUGAAAGAUUGGAAGAACAUGCCUUAGAAAAGAGAGAUGGGGCAACAGCCACAGAAGUACGAUCGCUGACAGAAUAUAUUAGAACAUGGCCUUUCUUAUUAUCAAUCAACAAAUCAAGUAAGCUGCUUCAGCCUCCUGCAGUAUCUCUCGACAUCUUAGCUUGUGAAAUAAAGGCAACAAAUUUAUUUCUUUAUGAGUAUCGUGAAAAUGGAUUUUCUGACGCUUGUAUUAAGGCGUCAGAAAUCGCAAAAUUAUUGGGAAUUGAAAUGAUUUUUCCAAUAGUGCGUUCACGAAAAAAAAAAUCAAUUUAUUCAUACGAGUGCGUUGAUCACACUCGGCAACCUGAACAUCAGUAUAAAGCAGAUUUCUUUUUGCCACUAAUUGAUAUGUCAAUUGCAUCAGUAAAAGAGCAUUCUGAGGAUUUAGAAAUGGAGUUAAAACGAUUUGUCAUUGUUAUAAAGGAGGAAAAAAAUGCUUUACUAAAAUCUGCACAUGAUUUUCUAAACUACAUCUACAAAGAAGAGUUGCAAGAAACUUAUCCUAAUCUAGUUAUUGCGUUACGAAUCAUUCUUACUUUACCAGUCACUGUUGCAAGUGCAGAACGUAGCCUCAGCAAGUCAACAAUGGUCGAUGAACGUUUGUCUUCCUUAGCAAUGCUGUCGAUUGAAAACGAGGUUGCAAGAAAAUUAAAUUAUGGAGGCAUAAUAAAUGAAUUUGCAAGCAUGAAAACACGUCGCAAACCCUUUUUUUGA